UCAAUCGUAACGUUGUGGUGCAUUGCGUCUAUUUUUUUGUAUUUACUUCCUUAGAUCUCUCUAAAACUACAUUUGUGUUAUUAUACUUACAAUUAAUCAUACAAUAUUACUAAUGCGUGUUACUAGAAGCUUAAAAUAGGCAAAACUGAGGGAUUUGCACUAAAAUGACCACGCCAAUGACAGAUGACAUAAAUGCCAUAGCGAUCGGUUCUGAUGCUGAUUCUCAAACACACGCUCAUGAAGCCUCGUCUAGUGCAAACGCUGACGAUGGAUCGUCAAGCAAUGCAGCUACACCCGCAAGCAGCGAGGGACAGGCGUCCAGACAAUCAAACUUGCAGCGGAUUCAGCAAAGAAAGCUGCAAGUGUACAACUGGCCGCAUAAUAAAAAAUUACUGAAAUUGGCCAUUUAUUCUGCUUGUCAGACACCAGAAUGUAAUUGCAAUGGGUGGAAGACUCCAGUGGCGCAACAGACAGCCAGACCCAACACGAGGACAGAUAACCAACCGCUGGCCAGCUUCACAGACCCUUGCCGGAAUUGCAACCAUAUAUUAGAGAAACAUGUGACCCAACUACAAGGACUGUCAGGAGCGGAAAUCAAUAGGCUGUUAGCAGCUGUAGUGGAUGUGGAGAAUAUAUUUAUGUCAAUGCAUAGAGAGGAUGACCAAGAUACAAAGAGAGUGUAUUACUUUUUGUUUAAGCUCUUAAGAAAAUGCAUCCUCACGCGUUCCGAGCCACAAAUAGAUGGUCCGCUCGGCCAGCCGCCGUUCGAGAAGCCGUCCAUAGCGCGGGCAAUCACCAACUUUGUGCUGUACAAGUUCAACACCCUGCCGCAGAGGGAGUGGCAGACCAUGUACGACUUGGCGAAGAUGUUCCUGCAUUGCUUCAAUCAUUGGAAUUUUGAAACUCCUAGCGUUAGGAAACUGCAAGUUUCAAAUCCCGAAGAUAUAUCUGCAUAUCAAAUCAAUUACACCAGAUGGCUGGUAUUCUGUCACGUGCCGGCAUUCUGUGACUCUCUGCCGCACUACGACACAUCGCUUGUCUUCGGACGAACGUUAUUAAGAGCAGUUUUCAAAUCAGUCUGCCGUCAGCUGAUGGACAAGUGUCACUCGGAGAGAGACAGGAUGCCGCCUGAGAAGAGAGUACUAGUAUUGAACCACUUCCCACGUUUCCUUGGUCUGCUCGAGGAGGAGAUAUUCAGCGCCAACUCGCCUAUAUGGGAUCCGGACUUUAAGCAAAUGCCGCCCAACCAUCUACAGACUAUUUUAGAUAAGACACCUGGUAAGCGCGGUGAAUUCGAACGUGUUACCGCGACGGGGGAGAGCAAAGACGGCUUCACCACUGUGUCGCUGUCGUCAGGUUGCAUAAAACAAGAGAAUCUAAAGCGUAGCGCGGAGUCACGUUCGGAGAUCUCUUCUGGCAAGAGAAGGAGAUUGGAAGAGAGUGAUGACGUCAGCGAGAGGACGGUAGCCGAAAUCGUGGCUACGAUAUCCGAUCCUAACUAUAUGUGUGGACCUGAUGCAUUGUUUCAAAUGCAAGCGCCUCGGGAUGAAGCCGCCAAACUCGAAGAGCAGAGGAAGCUCAUAGAGUUCCAUGUUAUCGGUAACUCGCUCACUGGACCCGUCAAUAAACAGACCAUGUUGUGGCUUAUAGGUCUCCACAACGUCUUCUCGCAUCAGCUCCCAGAAAUGACUAAGGAAUACAUUUCACAACUGGUUUUUGACCCAAAACACAAAACAUUAGCUCUUAUCAAAGAAGGACGACCGAUUGGUGGCAUUUGCUUUAGGACUUUUCAUUCUCAGGGUUUCAGUGAGAUAGUAUUCUGCGCAGUGACAUCGAACGAGCAAGUGAAGGGAUACGGCACACACCUCAUGAACCACCUCAAGGAUUAUCACAUUCGUAAUAAUAUACUGCAUUUUCUCACUUUUGCCGACGAAUUCGCUAUUGGGUAUUUCAAGAAGCAAGGUUUCAGUAAGGAUAUAAAGCUACCCCGAGCUAUGUACCAAGGUUAUAUUAAGGAUUACGAAGGAGCGACGCUAAUGCAUUGCGAACUUAAUCCAAGAAUAGUGUAUACUAAGUUCACGUCUGUUAUACGCAGACAGAAAGAGAUCGUUAAGAAAUUGAUUGAUAUGCGACAGAAAGAGGUGCGAAAGAUACAUCCUGGCUUAACAUGUUUCAAAGAGGGGGUGCGCAGUAUCCCCAUAGAAGCGGUGGCGGGGUUACGUGAGGCGGGCUACAGAGCACCGCGAGCCGCGCCCGAGCCGGCGCACGACGCAGACCCAGCUCCGCUUAGGAACAUGCUGCACGCGGUCAAGAACCACGCGGCCGCUUGGCCCUUCCUGAAGCCGGUGGACAAAACCGAAGUACCUGACUACUAUGACCAUAUUAAAUAUCCCAUGGACCUGCGCACAAUGGGCGAGCGUCUGAAGGCGCGCUACUACGUGUCCAAGCGGCUGUUCAUAGCCGACAUGACGCGUAUAUUCACCAACUGCCGGCUUUAUAACUCACCUGAUACGGAUUAUUACAGAUGCGCGAAUACGUUGGAAAAAUACUUCCAAGCUAAAAUGAAAGAAGCUGGCCUCUGGGACAAAUAACUACCCAAAUAAUUAUAAUACAUUGUUUUGUAAAUAUUUAAAUAAUUACUAAAUUAAAUCUCGAUAUGUUGUGUUGUAGGCAAUAAUUUUUGGGGAUAAGUCGUUUUACCCACCUUUGAAUAAAAAAUGUAGUAUGUAUGGUUAUUUUGUUAUUGUUAAAAAUGUCUGCUAUAAAUAUUUUGAUAAAACCGUGUGUGUAAUAUGUAUUUUAUGUAUAAAAAAGUAACUACGAUAUUUCAAUUUGUAACCGUUAAGUGCAUCAACUUUUGUAUCAAUAAAAUAUGUAUAAUAUGAAAAUAUUAUAAUUAUUAAUUUAUACUAUUAAAAAUGACCUUCAAAAUAAUUUGGUAAGAACAACGGUUCUAAUUUUAUUGUAAUGUUUCAUCUUUAAGAGCUAGCGCGCAUGAGCAACUUUUGUCUCCGCAACUAUUUUGUCUCUCCCAUCAACUCUAUGGGGAG